AUGGCCAGCCUACUAAUGCCCCUGCUUGAUGGCCUGGGCAAUGUUACCUUUAUUAACAACCUCCUUGCCUCGACAGGCGUCCUGCUCUCGAUCAUCCCUGGUCUGCUACAGAAUGGCCCGACGCCGCUGGGACUUCUACCAACACCCAUCCUACCCAAGUUCCUAGGUGGCAGCCAGGGCAUACCAUGGGGCAACCAAACAGCCGGGGGUACGAAUGUGUACGAGGUAACGCCAGAUACUGGUGUCACGCGAUACUACAAUUUUAACAUCGCUCGUAUGACUCUCGCGCCGGAUGGGGUUCCCACACCAAUGAUUGUUGUCAAUGGACAAUUCCCUGGCCCCAUGAUCGAAGCGAAUUGGGGUGAUUGGAUUGAAGUAACAGUGACCAACUCCAUCGACAACCCUGCUGAGGGCACGGCGAUACACUGGCACGGUUUGCUGCAAAAGAAGACACCUUGGUAUGAUGGUGUGCCUUCAGUGCACAUGUGUCCCAUUGCUCCAGGAGAGACCUUCGUAUACAGAUUCCAGGCGGAUAUAUACGGAUCGAGCUGGUGGCAUGCUCACUACUCUGCACAGUAUGCUGGUGGUAUCCUAGGACCAAUGAUCAUACACGGGCCCACGGACAACUAUCCUACACAAGACUACGUCGAUCUGGGACCGAUCCUCGUCAGCGACAAGUACAACAAGGACUACUAUGAAUUGGUUCAGCAGUCAAUGAGCAACAACCCUGCUAUUGCUGCUCUUGUGACCUCGAGCAACACUUUGAUUCAAGGCAGAAUGAGCGCCGACUGCUCCAAUGCUCCUGCAGGCACUCAAUGCACGCCUGGUGCGCCUUUGGCCAAAUUUGGCUUCACGAGAGGCAAGACCCAUUUGCUACGCUUCAUCAAUACCGCCGCUGCUGGGUACAUGGUCAUUAGUCUGGAUCAACACGACAUUGUCCGCAUCGAUGUUCUCGUUACCGCCAAUCAGAGAGCUAGUGCAUACUGGCUGCGUGUUCGUCAGCCAGUUCUUUGUGCUCUCGCCGCACAGCCAUUCGCACUGGCAGCGGUCUACUACGCUGGUGUUGACACGCAGAGAAGGCCAAACUCGCUACCAAAUUUUGACUUCGUACAGCCAACCCUCAUCGACUGCGGAGAUGCUGCUUUGACCAAAACAGAACCGUUCUAUCCCAUCAAACUUGACCCUCCAGACACCACGGUGACAAUCAAGAUUACACAAACUGUCAACGCUACUGGUCAUACAUCUUACCUCAUGAACGGGCAGACGUUCCGCGCAAAUUACAACUUCCCGCUCCUCAAUUUGACGUACAAUGGCAACACAUCUUAUCCCGAUAACCCAGAAUGGAACGUCUACAACUUUGGUCGCAACGAGACAAUCCGGUUCAUCUUUGAGAACAACGUGCCGUUUGGGCACCCUAUGCACAUCCAUGGCCAAAAUAUGUACAUUGUCGACGAAGGCGUGGGCAAGUACAAUGGGAUCAACGCCGUGCGUCCUAACAAUCCAGCAAGGCGUGAUAUUGCAAGCUUGAAACCAAACGGAUAUCUGGUAGCUCAGCUCAUCAGCAAUAACCCCGGAGUGUGGGGGUUCCACUGCCACAUCGCAUGGCACGUCGGUCAAGGACUUUACGUCAAUGUCGUACAGAAGCCCGAUGAGGUGAUGCAGCGUGACGAGAUUCCGGGCGUUAUUGCGCAGACGUGUGAACCUUGGAGGGAGUUUACCGAGAACAACGCCCCGAACCAGAUCGAUUCUGGACUGAGGAAAUACAUGAAUGUGCGCAAGUUCAAGAACUUUCGAUUACUGUGA